ACUUGUCAAAAUUACAGUUGCAUUUUUUAAUGGCGUCCGAAUCAGUUCUUUUUGACACGUAUUAUAAAUUAGUGCUUGGCUUUCAUUACAUUAAAAACUGCACUUAUUACUUUGCCCUGGACUUAAUUGAUUGGGAGAUUGUUAUUGUUGCAGUUAAAAUAAGGUGUUUUUUAUGAUUAUCUAAAAAGUAAACCCAUCAUACUUCCUAUAAACUAGCCAUUGAGCUUUUAGUGUUCUGUAAAAAAUAAACUCAUCCUCAGAUUUAGAGGUUACGAGUCCAAUUGAGGCUGGAUAAGUUGGCUCUUUCAGAACAUUCUGUAAACUUGCGAAAGACAAGGACUGUUGGAGUAGGCAUGUCAAAAUUGUUUAAGAAGAGGAAAGAAAAUGUUAAACCCCGUCAACUGCGCAAUCGUUUUUUGCACACCUUGACUAAUGCCAUUGAAGAAGAAACAAGAGAAAAAUGUGAGAGCUUGUUCCAAUCAAAUAGCCCUGUGAGCUGGGGUGAUGAAUUUAUGACAGAGAGCGGCUUUAUGGGUGACGAUGAAGAAGAAAUAUCCUCUGAUGACUCCAACAAUGACAAUGUUGAUUUUUUCUCCGUUCACCAAAUAGAAAGGGAUGAUAGCCUUCGACAGAGCACUGUAAGCGACGAAUCAUUUGAUGAAGGACUAGAAUCUGAAUAUGAUUUGGAAAGUGUCGUCAGUGAUGAAGGUGUCCCUUUAGAAAGCUGUGAUUCAUCGACAUACAACUCUUCGGACAGCGACUCAGACUAUGCAACUGAGAAGAUUGAAGUCAACGAGCAAGACUUCCAUCACGCUGAUAUUGAAGAUAUCCUUUUAGAUGACAACGAUGUCGAUGGUGCUACUGAGUUACGAAACUUCUUGGCCACCUUCGUAACGAACAAAAAUCUCUCCGGGAGUGCUGGGAAUUAUUUGUUGAAAGGAUUAAAGGCUCUGAAGCAUCAAAACCACCAAUUUGACGGUCUACCAAGAGAUAUCCGCACACUCCGAAAGACUCCCCGCAAAGUAGUUGUGGAGCACAUUUGUGGUGGAACUUAUUUCCAUUUUGGCUUGGAGAAGGGAAUAGCAUCACGGCUUUCUGAACUCCUUAACCGUAAAGUUCUCUUCACCUCCCUACUUGAAAUACUCGUCAACGUUGAUGGGCUACCACUGUACAAAAGUACGAGACAAGAGUUUUGGGAUCUACUAGCCCUUAUAAAAGGAGACAACCAACCGACGCCAGUUGGAGUUUUUUCUGGCGCGGGAAAACCAAAUAACUGUAAUGAUUUCUUACGCAAAUUUGUCAAAGAAGCAAACUACCUAGCUGAACAUGGACUUCUUCAUCAAGGGCAGGUGUACGACGUAAAAAUCAUUGGAUUCCCGUGUGAUGCCCCAGCCCGUUCCUUUAUUGCAGGCUCCAGAGGCCACACGGCCAAAAACGCUUGCCACAAAUGCAAAACAAUUGGCGUGUACUACAGAAAACCCGGCAAGAAGGGUGGACGGAUAACCUAUCCCGAUAUUAACGCAGCACUGCGGCUUCACGAUGAUUUUCUCAGUGAUAAAUCAUGAGAUUAUUACUUGUUCCGAAGCAUCUUGGCAGACAUAGAUGGCAUAGACAUGGUAAAAGACUUCCCUUCCGACUACAUGCAUCUUUGCUGUCUUGGAGUGAUGAAGAAGCUCCUACAUCACUGGCUAAAUCGAGAAACAGUAUAUCAUCUAAUCAGCCAUGACACCGUAGAUGAGAUCACCAGAAGAUUGCUACUCAUCCGUCGCUUUAUUCCUAAUGACUUUGCUCGUAAGGCCCGGCCAUUGACUGAGCUAUGCCGAUGGAAGGCGACCGAACUUCGACUUUUCUUACUUUACAUUGGCCCCGUCAUUUUAAGAGACAUUCUUCCUCGGGCUUUGUACGACCAUUUUAUGGUAUUUCAUUUAGCUAUGAAAAUUCUUUCGUCGGCCAAGACUUGCUACAAGUACAAUACAUUUGCAGUCCAGCUGAUGCGCCAUUUCGUGUCAGAAUCUGUUAAACUCUAUGGUGGACAUUUCAUAACGUUCAACGUGCACUGCUUAAUCCACCUACCUCUGGAUGUUCUUCAAUUCGGCCCAUUAGACCAUUUCAGUUGUUUUCCAUUUGAAAAUUUCUUGUAUCGUUUGAAAAGAUUGAUAAGAAAUAGCUCAAAUCCCUUAGCUCAACUUGUGAAGCGAUUAAGCGAGUUAUCGAAUUGCCCCUCAAUUCCAUCAUCUCUUAAUUUUACCCUUGUUCCAAUAGUAUCACGUCCUCACGAAAAUGGCCCUUUAUUGGAAGGGCUAGAUGACUUUGAACAGUUUCAGACUCUAAUCUACAAGAGAUGGAGAAUCACAAUCCGGCCUCCAAAUAAUAAUGUCCAACUGGAACUUGACGACAAAUCAACUGCUGUCGUCGCCAUCGAGAACAUUAUUCGUGGUGGUGACGGAUCUAUUUUCAUCAUUGGAUCAAUUUUUGAACGAGAAAAUUCGUUUUUCAUGGCACCUUGUGAUUCUAAUUCAAUUUUGUCUAUCAAAUAUGUUGAUUGUCUUUCUCCUACCUUACAACUAUAGCCAGUAGCAUUCAUUUUGUAUAAAAUUUUUCUUGUACCAAAUUUUUUUAAUUGUGAAGAGGCUGAAGAAGAAGGAGGUGAACGUUAUGUUGCUUUUCCACUUCUCAUGGAAAAUAAAAUUGAGUGAAUAUCAAUACAUAAUCAAUUCAUAGAAGAAAA